AUGAUUGACGAUGUAAGAAUUUGUCAUCUCGUACUGCAGGAUGUGAAGGAGCGUCUUCCGCUUUACGAGUCGCGACUUGAGGCAGUUAAUAACUCGCAUGUAGUGAUAAGUUGUUGGAACGAAAGCGUAAAGGCAUUUGUGCCGGUUCCUGUUGCAGAAGAUGUGGAAUUUACAUCAGAUGUGCUUCAUGAAGUUGUCAGUUUGGUGGAUGGAUUGAGGCAGUUGGGUUGUACGGAUUUUUUUGUCGUUUUUGUGGACAGCGGAGGCACACUUUCAUUUUACCACGUGGACACGCUUCGGUUACUCCAAUCAGGGCGCAGCGGUUCCUCCUGA